AAAAUAAAUAAAUAACUCGCAAAGAUCAUACUUCAUGCUUCAUACAGCAAAACACCAGCUCGCUCUCGCUCUCUCUCUCUCUCUCUCACCUAAAAACUCCCAAACACAAAAAUCAUCAAAUUUUCGUAGAACCAGCUGAUCGUCGUCCGAAUCCUAAUUCAACAAUCAUUCGAUAUCCUUUCUUUCAAUCGCCAUCUUCUUCUACCUCUCGAUCCGUUGCCAUUGUCAAAUUAUCGAAAACCCUAAUCAUUUUCUUUAUUUCGCAAAAAAAAAAAAAUCAAUCAAUCAUCGUCGAUUUGGGGGAGGAGGAGAAGAGAUCGUCAAUCUUUAUUAUUCCAGACUAUAAUCAAUUUUAAUCGAUUUUUGAUCUGGGUUUCCGAUCCUAAUUUUGUGGUAUCGGAGUUUUGUUAUUGGUGUUCUCGUGAUAAAAUCUUAUUUUUCCUCAUAUCCCCAAACGUAAAGCGCAAUCAUUUUCUUUUGAUUUUAUCCGGAACUCUAGUUUGCGGUUUAGUUUAAUCGAAUUAGAUUUUCAUUUUAUUGAUCCCCAUUGCAAAUCUUGUUUGCUUAAACUAAAUAAUCUUUGCCAAAUUUUAGGUUUGUGCAUAGGUGUAUACUGCGAUUUGCAUAUAGAAGUUUGUUUUCGUAUAAAAAAAACACAAAACAAAACCCUGGGUCUUUUCGAGAUCUUCGAAAACAUUUGGAGUGCAUUUCAUAUCGAGUUUCUGAAGAAAGAUGGUCGGUGGUGGAAACAGAAAGGAUGAUCCGAUAGCAAUUAACAGCACGAACGUUUUUGCUGCUCUUGGAAGUCUAAAGAAGAAGAAGAAGUCUGAUAAAGAGCAGGGUUCUUCGAAGAAGGGAAGUAGUUCAAAGAAGAAGCAGGAUAAGGAGAGCAAAGCGGAGAAGGAGCAGGUUUUCUGGGCUCCGGCGCCGUUAACGGUGAAAUCAUGGGCGGAUGUGGACGAUGAAGACGAUGAUGAUUACUAUGCAACAACAGCUCCGCCUCCUGUUUGGGGCGCCGGUGCUGGAAUGCAACAAGACAAGGUUAAAGGAAAUGAGACCCCAGUUGAGGAAAGUGAAAGUGAAGAUGAAGGUCUUGAUGAUGAGAAUGAUGAAGAAAACGAUCAUGAAGCAGAAAAAGAAGGUGUUGUUGAAAAGGCUGCUGAAAAAGAGGUUGUUGUGCCUAAAGACAAUGACAGACAACUCUCCAAGAAGGAAAUAAAGAAGAAAGAACUUGCUGAACUUGAAGCAGUUCUUGCAGAAUUAGGGUUAUCUGAAACCACUCCCCAAGAACAUCCCCAUGGUGGGACCCAAGAGAAGGUGGAGAAGCAAAAUGGAGAAGAGGAGAAGAAAGACAAAAAUGCCCCUGGUGGGGAGAGCAAAAGUUCCAAAAAGAAGAAGAAGAAAGACAAGUCUUCUAAAGAGACCAAAGAACAACAGGUCUCCAAUGGGCCUGAGAAUUCUGUGGCAUCAGAAGAGAAGGUGGAAGGGUUAUCUGGAAUUGAUGUGAAAGAGAAGUUGAAGAAGGUGGCUGCUGCUAAAAAGAAGAAGUCUUCUAACAAGGAAAUGGAUGCUGCCGCUAGAGCUGCCGCCAGUGAGGCGGCGGCAAGGACUGCCAGGCUGGCGGCUGCUAAGAAGAAGGAGAAGAACCACUAUAACCAGCAGCCUGUGAGGUAAGUGUGGUGUGAUAUGAUAUGCUUUAAGUGGAGAGCAUGGAUCGUUAAUAAACCUUUCGUUUUGAGAUAUGACUUUUUUACAUAGCGAUAUUUUUGGUUUUUGGAUUUGGAAAUUACUAGAGAUUUUAGGGAUUUUAUCAGACUUUAUUGGUAGUUUUUAUUUUUUUAAAGAUUUAUUCCUUGUGUAGAGAGUAGAAACACCUAUGGAUGUUCAUGUUGCUAAAUCUUGAAUUUUGGUUCAUGGCUUCUUUUGUUGUUUUUGUUUGUUGAAUGUUUUUAUGGGUGUCGAAUCGGAUAAUUGUGUCAUGUGUUUUUGGUCUGACAUAACAAACUUUUGUGUAACAUGAACCUAUGUAGGUAAUUGCAUGCUAUAGCGUUUAGUUAAUUGCCUAAACCAAAAAAACGAUUUGUUUUGACAUGAUCUAAUUAGGAAAAUAUUCAAUCGGUUCUUUUGUUUCCAUAUACCAUGACACAAUGUGUCCGUCUUCCCUCUCAAGUCCCAAAUUCUUGAUCUUUCUAAAUUUAUGAAGCUUCCCACUUCCACUCACUCACUCCCUUGAGUUGCAAGUUUGUGAUGACUUCCACUUCCACUUAGACAAUGUCUGGGUUGCAUUGCCAAUUGCGUUGAAGACUUAGAAGUAUUGCAGUAUGAUUAAUUGUCAUAUUGUUUAAUCAUUUUAUUUGCUAACUUUGAAUGUGUUGAAGUAUCAUCAAUUGUGUG